AUGCCACUAUCCAACCAUGGCAUGCCAAAAACACCACUCCCAACAUCGCCAAAAGGCAGCAUCCGAUCUCAUCGCUUCGGAAGUCUGAAGUCACCUGUUUCGCCAGGUCCGGCUUCGCCACCGUUAUCCCCUCCAAUGUCCCCCCCAAUGUCAGCUAGGUCAUUCGGUACCUUCAUUGAGUCGGCGCCAUCUACACCUGCGUUUUCUCCCCGACCCCUAUCUUCUCACUGGGAUAGCUCUACCUUAGUACUAUUAUCACCAUUAUCGCCACAAUCAGCACCAAAAAGCCCAACCGAUCCCAGUCCAGUAGAGCCAGAAUGGGAAAUGAUGCCACCGAGUCGCAGACCUGCGCCUGAAGAGUUGUUCAGACCGGAGCAACUAUCUCCCAGGCCAGCCUCCGACCCAUUUGUUCCGCCCAAGCCAUGGUAUCCCGCCAAACGCGUAGACGACCCUUCGCAGAAGGAAAACCAGCCACCGACAUCGGGUGAGACUACUGAAGACGCGGACGCGGAAGGAAACGCAAGAGAAGAGCAGUCGAAUUCGGCUGCUUUCGGCAAGCUAGCGACGAGGAUGAAGUCAAUCCUUCGCAGGAAGGCACCUGGCGAAAAGAAGAUCAAGAAGCAGAGACGGCAUGAACAGGACUUGGAUUACAUGGAGGAUGUCCAUUGGUCGGAGAUGUGA